AUGGCCACGGCACCAGGGCAAACCCGCAAGCGAAAUUCCAGGAAGCACUGGUUGUGGCAGCAGCUUCGCAGCCUGCGACCCACAGGUCAGACAGUUGCCGGCCGCCUUCAAAUUGCACGCCUAUUGUCAGAACUGCAAGAGACCGGCCACCUGGCCUCAGCGCAGGAGUACUCGGCUGCGAUCCAAGCUCUUGGCAGUGCCGGCUGGUGGCAAGAAGCCUUGGCACUCUUUGAGGUGGCACGCUCUCCAGGCACCGACAAGCGCUCAACUCCUUUGGUGGAUGCCCGAAUGUAUAAUGCGGCCAUCGCGGCUUUGCGAUCAUCACCGUUUCGAUGGCAACACGCUUUUUUGCUUCUUCAUGCAAUGUCUGACGAGAAGCUGCAGCCUGACACCGCCACGGUGAACUCAGUUGCAACGGCUCUGAAAGGAGAACUGCUUUGGCAGCAGACCCUGUCGGCAUACUCAGCGGCAGCCAAGCAGGGUCUCUGCAUGGACGAGGUGGGGACUAACAUUUUGCUGGCAGCGAUGGUGGCAGUGGACUGUCGGUGGUCAAGGGGUAUGGAGUCACUUCGAUCUGCACGGCUCUCCAAGAUAAAGCCAGAUGUCUGCUCACUGGGCUGCGCAGUGGGAAUUCUCAGCUCUCAGUCGCAGUGGGCCCAAAGCUGCUGGCAGUUGAGAGCUGCCAACAGUGAUUUGGACACAGUCGCUCUGAACUCUGCUAUGAGCGGUACAGAGGAAGCUUCUCAUUGGGCAGUGGGACUGUCUUUGCUGACAACGGCCACGCUUCACCAGCUUCAAGUGGAUUCCAUUACCUUCAAUGUUGUCCUCAGUGCAGCAAACAAGCAUGGGGCCUGGCGCCAGGGUACGCAGUGCCUGGAGUGGCUGCGGCAGACGGGUGAGCCCACCCUUGUCUCGUACAACUCCUUGCUGAAUGCAGAUGAGCCAGAUGGAGAUGGAAGGCGAUGGGAGGCUGCCGUGCAGAUCUUGGAGGACAUGAUGGACAGUCCCCGGGUGUGCCCGGAUCCUGUGACCGCUUGCUCCGUCGGAAACAUUCUGCAGGCCUUUGCGCAGUGGGAGCAGGCUCUUGUUCUUGUGAAGUCCAGCGCGCAUGAAGGCCCCAGCGCAGCACCGCUCGCAGCUUCAAGUGCGCCGGCGCUGGGAACCGCGCUGGGUGCCGCAGAGCGAGCUGGGUGCUGGGAGCGCGCCCUGGAUUUGAUUUGGUGGGCACAGGCUGUCAAUGCAGCCAUAACAUCCUUUUCACGAGGAAGCCGUUGGCGGACGGCUCUUGCGAUCGUGGAAAGCAUGGAUUGGUCCCAGCUGCGGGCGGAUGUCUUUACCUGCACGUCAGCCAUCAGCUCCUGCGAGAAGGCCGUUUGGGUUCCCGCACUGCAGUUGCUGCAGCGGAUGCAAAGGUGUGUCGGCAUGGAGAGUGCAUGGCCGGCAGUGAAUGCGGCAGUGAGUGCGUGUGGCAGCAGCAGGAGCUGGCGGUGGCCUCUGGAACUCAUCUUCGGCACGGGAACCGCGGCAGGCUUCAUGCAGCCUUCAAACUCGGAGGCCCAGCCUGGCGUGGCAGCAAUGUUUUUGGCCCUCAGUGAAGAAGGGCGCUGGAAGGAUGCUCUGCAACUUCGCAAGGAGAUCACCUUCAGGAGCCUGCAGCCUGAUGUUGCGAGCUGUGGCUUGCUCAUGAUGCAGUGCGAGCAAGAAGGACUGGCCGGCCAAGAGGUCAACAUGCUGCGGUCAUUGUGCGAUAUUGCCUCUGGCCUGUGA